AUGUUCCGAACAGCACUUCUCAGGUCCGCCCGGUCCGCUGUCCGCGCUGCCCCACGAUGCCAGGCCGCAAUGGCUCGCCCCGUUGCGCGAAGCUCUUUCGUUCAGCCAAAGCAAAUGAACCCCUCCGUAUACUUCCAGGCUGUACGAUGCUACGCCGCGAGCGCUGGUCUGUCAAAAGAUGAGGUCACUGGCAGGAUAAUGGACCUUCUGAAGAACUUCGACAAGGUCACCGAUGCCUCCAAGUUGAACGGCGAAUCGCACUUCCACAACGACCUCGGUCUCGACAGUCUGGAUACCGUAGAAGUAGUCAUGGCGAUUGAGGAGGAGUUCAGCAUUGAAAUCCCCGACAAGGAGGCCGAUGCCAUCCACAGCGUCAAGCAAGCAGUGGAUUACAUCAUGGCUCAGCCCGAUGCUCACUAA